AUUUGUAAAUUCACGUUGUUAUCUGCAUGGAGCUAAAUCCGUCAAAAGCUAUCUUAUCUAUCGCGAUUACAAUUUUCUGUAAUAUUUGAAGGUUGUUACAUUCUAUCCUUCACUUUCCCAGCGGUAAGCGGCUCAUUCAGAGAUUUUGCUAGACAUGGCCAUGGUUGAACCUCUAAUAAUGCGUGUGAUGGCAUUAUCGUUUAACACGGUAAAAAGAGCAGGAGCAAUCAUUCGCGAAGUUAUGCAAGGAGGCGAAUUGAAUAUUGUAGAUAAGGGGAAAGAUGACUUGCAAACAGAAGCAGAUCGCUCUGCACAACGUUGUAUAGUUGCAUCGCUAAGUAAGCAAUUUCCAAAAGUUAAGAUUAUUGGAGAGGAAGAAUUGGUAGACCAAAGCAUAAAAGACGAAUGGUUGGUUACGGAAAUCGAUGCAGAACUGGUUAAAUUGAAUUGUCCAGAAGAAUGGAGUGACGUGAAAGAGGAAGAUAUGGUUAUAUGGGUCGAUCCGCUUGACGGGACUUCAGAAUAUACGCAUGGCUUGCUUGAACAUGUAACAGUGCUAGUGGGAAUAGCAAUUAAAGAUUCGGCCGUGGGCGGCAUAAUACAUCAGCCAUUUUAUAAGCAAACAAACGGGGAAUUGGGACGUACAGUUUGGGGACUUAAAGGCUUAGGUGCCGGUGGAUUUAAGUCUUCUUCACCUCCGAAUGAUAAGUUUAUCGUAACCACAACGCGAUCUCAUUCCAAUGCGUUAAUUCAGGCGUCCAUAGACGCGCUUUCACCCACCGAAGUGGUGAGAGUAGGUGGAGCCGGUUUUAAAGUUUUGCACUUACUCGAAGGAAAAGCGCAUGCAUACGUCUUUGCAAGUAGUGGUUGCAAAAAAUGGGAUACUUGCGGUCCAGAGGCUGUACUUGAAGCUGAAGGCGGCAUUCUAACUGAUCUAAUGGGUCAACAUUAUUCCUAUGCCAAAGAGGUGGAACAUGCGAAUAGAAGAGGCGUUCUCGCUUGUACCAGCAAAGCAUGCCAUGAGCAUAUCAUCAAGAAAAUGCCCCCACAUAUUUUCGAAGCUAUGCAAAAAAUGUGAGAUAUUUGGGAUUUUGAUGGCCUCCUUAAAAUAUUUAGGCAGAAAAGUCGGAGGUCAUUUAUUAUAUUUGUCAUGAAGAAAGUGUUUGAUUACAAAUGAUUUCCUCCAUGUGCAUUGUCGUUUUGUUGAAAGUGAAACCGCCCCGUUUUAGGAACAUAUAAACAUUCGUCGACAGGAAUCAGCUAAGUAUUAUUUUACCAUUUAUUUAAGAAAUAAUCCAAUUACAAAAAGAAUGAAACAAUUUGAAACAACAGAAGUAAAAAAAAAAAA